AUGGCAAAUAAGCUUGGCAUAUUUCCAGCCUCUGGAGGUCUUGGAGGCAGUACCCUUAAGCACCUUCUUGAGCUAGUCCCUGCUAAAGAAGUGGUGCUAGUCGCUCGCCGCCCAGGGAAACUCAGCAAAGAAAAAGCCGCUGGAGCUAUCAUCCGUAAGGCCGAUUACGACAACGCCGAGACACUCGACCAUGCGUUUGACGGAAUUUCGUCAUUAAACUUGAUCUCCUAUGCUAGUAUCCAGAACGAGCAUCGAUUUAAGGUACAUAAGUCCGCGAUUGAUGCGGCUCGAAAGAGUGGCGUUAAGCACAUCUUUUACUCGUCUCUUGCGUUUGCCGGUGAUGGAAAUCUCAAUACUAAGGCCCAAGUGAUGCUUGCCCACAUUGCGACUGAGAAGUAUCUGGCCGAGCUACACGCUCAAGACCCACAGUUCACGUAUACUGUCGUUCGCGAAGGGUUGUAUUCAGAGUCCUUCCCACUCUAUACUGCCUUUUUCGAUCUCAAAGCUCCUUCUAACGAGAUCUGUAUCCCCCACGAUGGCUCGGCUCCUGGCCUGGCUUGGGCUAAACAAGACGAGUUGGGGGAAGCAACCGCAAAACUCAUUGCACAACACGCUCAAGAUCCCGCUGCUUUCCCUUAUUUAAACAAGACCAUCCUUCUCUCUGGCCCUCGUGCUUGGUCACUCAAGGAAACAGCGGAUGUAUUCAGUCGUGUGCUAAAUAAGCCAAUCAAGAUCCGACAGGUAUCCGUGGACGAGUACGUCAAGCAGCCACAGGUCCAAAAUGGUCUCACAUAUGGUGGUGGCAACUGGGCGCCUCUCUGGGCGACUGCUUUUGAUGGAAUCCGCGAUGGUGAAUGUGCGGUUGUUACUCCAAAUCUAGCGCGACUGCUUGGCCGCGAACCUGAGCAGUUUGAAACAACCAUCAAGAAUAUGCUUUCGGCUUGA